AUGAAACACCUGCCAGGACCACAGCAACAGGCAUUUAAGGAUCUGAAAGGUCUGGAGGACUUCAUAGCCAAGAAGGUGGAGCAGAACCAACGCACGCUAGAUCCCAACUCCCCGCGGGACUUCAUCGACUCCUUCCUCAUCCGCAUGCAAGAGGAGCAGAACAACCCCAACACAGAGUUCUACUUGAAGAACCUGGUGCUGACCACACUGAACCUCUUCUUUGCGGGCACUGAGACAGUCAGCACGACCCUGCGGUAUGGCUUCCUGCUGCUCAUGAAGCACCCAGAUGUGGAGGCCAAAAUCCACGAGGAGAUUGACCAGGUGAUUGGCAAGAACCGGCAGCCCAAGUUUGAGGACAGGGCCAAGAUGCCCUUCACAGAGGCGGUGAUCCAUGAGAUCCAAAGAUUUGGAGACAUAAUCCCCCUGAGCCUGGCCCGCAGAGUCACCAAGGACACCAAGUUUCGGGAGUUCUUCCUCCCCAAGGGCACUGAAGUGUUCCCUAUGCUGGGCUCUGUGCUGAGAGACCCCAAGUUCUUUUCCCACCCCCGAGACUUCCACCCCCAGCACUUCCUGGAUGAGAAGGGCCAGUUUAAGAAGAGUGAUGCUUUUGUGCCCUUCUCCAUCGGAAAGCGGUACUGUUUUGGAGAAGGUCUGGCUAGAAUGGAGCUCUUUCUCUUCCUCACCACCAUCUUGCAGAACUUCUGCCUCAAGUCCCCUCAGCUGCCCCAAGACAUUGACGUGUCCCCCAAACUUGUGGGCUUUGCCACUAUCCCACGAAAUUACACCAUGAGCUUCCAGCCCCGCUGAGCAAGGGCCAUGCGGGGUGGGGGAGGGGAAGGAUGGGGGUGGAGCAAAGCAGUGGGCGGGGCAGGGGCGGGGCUAUCAGGAGGGAGGUGACUUAGGGAAAUCUGAGGGGGCAAGAUGGAUAGAAGACGAAAGGAAUGGGCCCUGUCUGUUCCCCUUGGUAGAAAUAACUCCUUCAGAAGUGGGAUGAAGGAAGGGAACAUAUUUAUUGAGUAAAUAUUCUGCGUCAGCUCCAUGCUAAAAGCCUUAGCACGUCCACCCCACCUAAUGCCCACAGUCUAUGCAACAGAAAACAGUGUUCAUGCCCAUUUUACAAGUGACAAAUCUUAAUUGAUUCCCAAGGAAUCUAUAACAACGACAAAAACCUUCCCAGUAAAUGAAUUUUUCACUGUCACUAAACAUACUAAAAUCUUU